CUCUCCCUGCUCUGCAGUCCAGUCCGGUCUGCAGUCCGGUCCUAUCUGCUGUAUGUCCGCAGUCUCUGGUCGUCCCCUGUACUGUGUCCGCAGUCUCUGAUCAUCCCCUGUACUAUGUCCGCAGUCUCUGGUCAUCUCCUGUACUGUCUGCAGUCUCUGGUCAUCUCCUGUACUGUGUCCGCAGUCUCUGGUCAUCUCCUGUACUAUGUCCGCAGUCAUCUCCUGUACUGUCCGCAGUCUCUGGUCAUCUCCUGUACUGUGUCCGCAGUCUCUGGUCAUCUCCUGUACUGUGUCCGCAGUCUCUGGUCAUCUCUUGUACUGUGUCCACAGUCUCUGGUCAUCUACUGUAGUAUAUCUGCAGUCUCUGGUCAGCUGCUGUACUAUCCACAGUCUCUGGUCAUCUCCUGUACUAUGUUUGCAGUCUCUGGUCAUCUCCUGUACUGUGUCCGCAGUCUCUGGUCAUCUCCUGUACUACUGUACUAUGUCUGCAGUCUCUGGUCAUUUCCUGUACUAUGUCUGCAG